AUUUGAGGACGGUGUACGGGCGCUCAGUCCGAGCUUUCGACUUCUCAAGAUUUGUUUCGACCUUACAAUGGCGGCGAACGAUUACUUUUUCUCGAACAAAUCGGCUAAGGUAUUCGUUGCCGGCCAUCGUGGCCUUGUCGGUUCAGCCAUAGUCCGGAAGCUUUUGUCCCUCGGCUUCACCAACCUCCUGCUCCGAAGCCACGCCGAACUCGAUCUUACCCGGCAGUCAGAUGUUGAGUCAUUCUUCGCCGCCGAGAAGCCCCAGUACGUCAUCCUCGCCGCCGCAAAAGUAGGUGGCAUCCAUGCCAACAACACCUAUCCCGCUGACUUUAUUGCGGUUAACCUCCAAAUCCAGACCAAUGUCAUCGACUCAUCAUAUCGCCAUGGCGUCAAAAAGAUCAUUUUCCUUGGCUCUUCAUGUAUUUAUCCCAAAUUCGCCCCCCAGCCGAUCCCGGAGAACGCACUUCUCUCUGGUCCUUUGGAGCCCACCAACGAGUGGUACGCUAUAGCUAAAAUCUCUGGUAUCAAAAUGUGCCAGGCAUACAGGAUCCAGCAUAAAUUUGAUGCUAUAUCUGCCAUGCCCACCAAUUUGUACGGUCCCAAUGACAACUUUCAUCCCGAAAACUCACAUGUUUUGCCUGCUUUGAUCCGAAGAUUUCAUGAAGCUAAGGUUCAGGGGGCAAAGCAGGUGGUGGUUUGGGGUACAGGAAGUCCUCUAAGGGAGUUUCUGCAUGUUGAUGAUUUGGCCGAUGCAGUGAUGUUCUUGAUGGAGAAGUAUAGUGGAUUGGAGCAUGUGAAUGUAGGAAGUGGAAAAGAGGUGACUAUUAAGGAAUUGGCGGAGCUGGUGAAAGAGGUUGUGGGGUUCCAGGGAGAGCUUGUUUGGGAUAGUUCCAAGCCAGAUGGGACUCCCAGGAAGCUCAUGGAUAGCUCAAAGCUAGCAAAUUUGGGGUGGAGCCCCAACGUUUCAUUGAAAGAUGGCCUCGUUGAUACUUAUAAGUGGUACUUGGAGAACAGUAAGCAAUGAUACAGGUGAUUUAGUUAGAGCCAGGCAGGUUUUUGAUGCUUGUUAUGGGGUUAAGAUCAUUAUUAUUGUUAGUUUUCAUUAUGCCAUACAGUGAUUGGGAGCAUUGUGAUUCAUGAUCCAUUGUUUCUAAGGUCAUUGUGAGGGUCGAGGAAUUCCUCUGGUAGGUAUGAGCUAUUGUAUGCUAGUUGGAUUGGACUUGUUAUCAGAACCAUUGUCUUUCAAAUUCCAAUAAAAUGAUUAUUUUCAA